AUGGAGAUGGCAGGUUCCUCCAGCUCCUGGCUCUCUGGCUGCCUCAUCACACUCAUCUUCCUCCCGCUGCCAGUGCACAUGUCAGGGGACAGCAGGCUCUACCUGGUCCCGCUUGGGGGCACUGCCAAUCUGCUCUGCCCUCUCUCCCUCUGGCCGGUGCUGGAGCCCAACCAGGUGAGGUGGCUGCGGUCCCCGCAACCCGGGAGCUCGCAGGCUGUUCACAUGUUCCGGGAUGGGGAAGACCAGGAGGAAGGUCUGAUGGCAGAAUAUAAGGGGAGGACGGCGCUGCUGAGAGACAAGCGAGAGGGAAACAUCACUCUGGUGAUCCGCGACAUCCAGCUGGAGGACCGAGGGCUCUACCGAUGUCAGGUCCGGGUGGGAAACAUAAGCCGAGAGGGCACCGUGAUCCUGCAGGUUGCAGCCCCCUCUGCAGGGAGGGUCUCCUCCUCGGAAGUGGCUCUUGCUGUGAUCCUGCCUGUCCUGUGGCUUCUCAUCAUGGCAGGCAUUUACCUCAUCUGGAAGCAAAGAAGAUCAAAAGAGAAACUUCUCUAUGAACAGGUGAUGGAGGUAGAAAAUCUUCUCUCAGACCAUGCAAAAGAAAAAGGAAGGCUCCAUAAAGCCCUCAAGAAACUCCGGAGUGAAUUGAAGCUGAAAAGAGCUGCAGCAAAUUCAGGCUGGAGAAGGGCCCGGCUACACUUUGUGGCGGUGACCCUGGAUCCAGACACAGCACAUCCCAAACUCAUCCUGUCUGAGGACCGGAGAUGCGUGAAGCUUGGAGACCGAAGGCAGCCUGUGCCUGACAACCCCCAGCGAUUUGAUUAUGUGGUCAGCGUCCUGGGCUCCGAGCACUUCACGGCUGGCUGUCAUUACUGGGAGGUGUAUGUGGGAGACAAGACCAAGUGGAUCCUGGGGGUGUGUAGUGAGUCCGUGAGCAGGAAGGGGAAGGUCACCGCCUCACCCGCCAAUGGACACUGGCUUGUGCGGCAGAAUCGGGGGAUUGAGUAUGAAGCACUCACCUCCCCACAGACUUCCUUCCGCUUGAAAGAGCCCCCACGGUGCGUGGGGAUUUUCCUGGACUACGAAGCGGGAGUCAUCUCCUUCUACAACGUGACUGACAAGUCCCACAUCUUUACUUUCAUCCACAAUUUCUCUGGCCCCCUGCGCCCUUUCUUUGAACCUUGUCUUCAUGAUGGUGGGAAAAACACAGCCCCUCUAAUCAUCUGCUCAGAACUCCAGAAAUCAGAGGAAUCAGUUGUCCCCAAGCCAGAAGAAAAAGGUCACGCUAAUGGAGAUGUGGCCCUGAAGGUGGACCCUUCCUUACAUACCCCCAGGAUGGCCGAUGCCUUCCUGCCCUGGUCCUCUGACCUAGGCCCGGCCCUCCAGGGGCUCAAGGCUCCUUCUUUCUAGGGUGAUCCUCACUACUUAUUUGCCUGCCCAUCCAGCUCAGCACUCUGGAUUUCAGCCUCCAGGUCCUAUAUCUGAUUCUAGACAUCUUAUCUCCAUCCCUCAAAUCCACACCAUUUUGUGGCUUUUAUUUUUCCCAGAGUUAAUGCUAAACAAUAUUGUCCUCCUGGGGACUUGAAGUUCCCAGUGCCCUGGAAUGCGAAUUCUUGAAAACUACGUGAGCAUCAGAUUAGUUUAGGUGGUGAUGGUGAACCCCAAGACACAGGGGUUUGCUACUCGAGGGAACAUUUA